CCUGUCAGUGCCCAUCAGUGCCACAUCAAAUCCACAUAUCAGUGCCUACUACUGCACAUCAAUGCCACAUAUCAGUGCCCAUCUAAGCUGCAUUUCAGUGCCAACUAUUAGUGCCAGUCAGUGCCACCUAUACGUGAUGCCAUGCUGCCUAUCAGUGCCGCCUAUCAGUGCCAUAUAUGAGUACUGCCUUUCAGUGCCCAUCCGUGAUGUCUGUCAAUGCCCACCAGUGAUGCCUGUCAAUGCCCAUCAAUGCCACCUACCAGUGCCUUCUCAUUAGUGCCCAUCACUGCCACCUAUCAGUGCCCAUCACUGCAGCCUCAUUAGCACACAUCAGUG